AUGCAUCGAGAAAAAAUGAAACUGAAAAUAGGUGUUGAAAUAUCGUGGACAGGGAAAAAUCGAAAGGAACGUGGUAGAGGAAUACUUGUGGCAAUGGGUUCUGAAGAACAAUGUAAAACUACAAAGAAAAACAUUGAAGAGUCAUCAUCAAUAGCUAAAUCUUCAUCUGAUUUACAACAUGUAAAUUCACGAAAAAAUUCAUCAAAUUCCAUGGUGAAAUCCUCAUCAACAGCUACAUCAGGUACAUUGGUUUCAUUACCUACUUCAUCAUCAAUCUCAUUUCAACCAACAACAACAUCUGCCCGAAGAACAAAGCCAUCUACUCAAUCACCAACAUCGAAAAAAUCAACAUCGUCAAAUGAUUCAACAUCUGAAUCUAGAUUGUUUUUAUAUGAAGAUUCAUCUGAUAAAAAUGGUGUUGAAAUUGAUGAAAUAAAUAAUCUUGAAACUCGCAAUAUGAAUAGUGUUGAAAAUGACUCCGAAGUUGGUAGUGAAGAUGAUGAUUCGUUGGAAAAACCUACAAAAAAUAUUUAUUUUUCUGUAAAAGAUACUUCAUUAAUGAAUAAAAAUAAACGAUCCUUUGAUGAAGUGGAUGAACAACCAAUGUUAACAGCAAUACAACCAAACAAGGUUCAAGCACCAGAAGUUAAAAAAAAGCGCGUUUCUCAAUCAACCUAUAAUGCUUUGAUGCAACAGAAGAACGCAUUAUCGAAACAGGUCGAGCGAUAUAAAUCAACAUGGAUGCCUAGACCAACUGAUGCAAAAACUAUUAAAUUCUUUAUAGAAAUGGGUCGAUUGUUGGCAGGAGGAAUUGAUGAAGAUCAAAAAAAUGUUGAAGAUGACAAAGGUGAUUUGUUGGAGCGAUACUGUACUAUUUUAAAUCUGGAACCAGAUGAAGUAGAAGAAUGUACAAGUACAGAUUCAGCCACCAAAUGUUGUAGACUACUCGUUAGUAAACUUGUUCCAAAACAUAAACGAAUAGGAGAAUCAUGGAAAAAUGUUGCAUCUAAUAAGCAACGUACUGUUUUAGCUUUGGCAAGAAUGUUUCAUCCAAGCGAACGAAGAACAGAUGGAGAAUUAACAAAAGCUUGUAGGAACGUUUUUGAAGUGGCCAAAUCCAGUUUACGAAAACAGAAACGAACAGUUGAAGAAAGUAAUGAAAAUACUGAUAGUAGUGAUGAUAAUUGA